UCCGAACCUGCUUUCCCUUCUGCAGAUUGCGCAGCGUGCAAACUGGAUCCUGUCAGAGAAAGAGGUGCCAUUAGACUUAGCAUCUGAAGGGAAGCACUGAAGUUAGUUCUGCGAAGGAAGUGGUGGGGAAAAUGGGGAACUCGAUGGGGAACACUGUGAGAACAACAAGACCCAGCCCGGAGGCGCAAGUGCCGUGGCAGUUGGGCCAACGGAGUGACUUUCUUGCUGUUCUCUAUGACUAUCCCACCCCGGAUAUAGGUCAACCUAUAUUUCAAGUUGGGGAGAAACUACGUGUGAUAUCAGAUGAAGGAGGCUGGUGGAGAGCCCGUUCUCUUGCUACGGGUCACGAAAAUUAUAUCCCAGAAGACUGUGUGGCAAAAGUUUACCACGGCUGGUUGUUUGAAGGUCUGGGAAGAGAAAAAGCAGAAGAACUCCUGCAGCUUCCCAACACGAAGACCGGUUCUUUCAUGAUUAGAAAGAGUGAAACAACGAAAGGUUUAUACUCCUUGUCAGUUCGACACGUGCAGGUGAAACAUUACAGAAUCUUCCGCCUGCCCAACAACUGGUAUUAUAUCUCUCCCCGGCAAACUUUUCAGUGUCUUGAGGACCUUGUGACUCACUACUCAGAAGUCUCCGACGGACUCUGCUGCGUCCUCACGACUCCCUGCCUCACUCAGCACACUAGCAACAACGAAGUCCGGAGCCAAGAGCCGCCCGUGGUGAUGCGCAACAAACAAUUCACGUGGAAGGAUAAACAGAGGCCAAAGGAGAAUAACGACGACAUCGCCGCCAUGCUUCGAAGGGAAGACUCCGGCCUCAGCUACGGCCUCCGGAACAGCAUCGCCUCCUAUCUUGCCCUGACCGGCGAAACAGACUCUUCCUGCCUGAGCCACAGGAAAAAGAAAAGCGCGUCUGUCAUAUAUAGGCAGGACAGGCACUUGUCGCAGCCACCUUUUCUUUACCACGAGCACUGAAACUGAGAAAACAGAGGACGGAUACUGAGAUACAAGCACCGUUGCACUUCUGCCAAUGUCGUGCCCGUAGGGUGCCAUGCAACCAGUGGAGCAAAGCAUCCUGGGAGAAAAAUUAAAAAGAAUUGUAAAGGCUUUUCUGCUUACUGGAAAUGCUGACCAUAGAGUUUCAGGAUACCAGCCUCUAGGUAAUUCCCUGGAAUUACAGCUCAUCUCCAGGGUUCAGAGAUCAGCACCCCUCAAGAAGAUGGAUGUUUUGGAGAGGAGACUCUAUGGCAGUGAUGGAGAACCUUUUCGAGACCGAGUGCCCAAAUUGCGACCCUAAA